AUGCCGCGAUCUAUUUGCAAGAAAAGGUCAUGGAAGCGGGUACGAGAAGAGUGGAGUCGUCAGGAUGCAGGGGUGUUUAUCAGACGCACGCUCGACAAAGGCAUCGAGGGCUUGAGAGAAGAAUUCAACCGGAACCCUCGCAUCUACGAUACGGCCAAGUGCACGGUGAGUUGCCGCAACCCGGAGCUGAACAGAUACAAGGAUAUCUGUUGCCACGACCACAACCGCGUGCACGUUGUCGGCGCCAACCCCGACGAGUACAUCCACGCGAACUACGUGGGCACCGAGUACAACCCGAAGCGCUUCAUCUGCACCCAGGGGCCGAUGGAGACGACGUGCGCCGACUUCUGGAUGAUGGUCAUCCAGCAGAAUGUCGAGAUAAAAUACACGAGUACAAGCAGCCCAGACGCGGUGGUUGAUAUCCGCACGUUGAAGGUGAACGGCCUGAACUCCGAGAUCGUCGUCAAACACUACCAUUGGCGCUUCUGGCCGGACCGUGGCGCUCCUCCUCCCUUCCCACUUGUGAUUCGUAUGCUUGAGAAGCAGUAUUCGAAACAAAACCCGAUCGUUGUCCACUGCUCGGCUGGCGUUGGGCGCAUCGGUCCGCUCGUGCUGAUGCAAGGCAUUCUCGAACUGAUCAAGCGCGGCAAGGAUUUCAAGGUCGAGGACCUGCUAAAGGAGAUGAGGCAGAGUCGCGCGGGCCUGGUCCAGACGGUGCACCAGUACUACUACGUCCACGCGGUGCUCCUCGAAUAUUUUGCCAAGCAAAAGCCCUACCAAUGUCCACUCGGUAACCGUCAGGCGGAUUUCGACAAGUUCAUGGCGGACUACACGAAGGCGGUCGCCCAGGUCGACAACAACAAGUCCACGAUGUCGUACCUGCCGAGUUCCGACCUGAAGACAGCCACC